AUGCAAUCUACCACGUCUCUUGAAGGAAAGACGGCAAUAGUGACAGGAGGUAGUCGCGGUAUCGGUGCUGCGUGUGCCAUCCAGUUUGCAAAAAAGGGAAUUUCUGCUCUCGCCAUAACCUAUGUCAGCAACAAAGAAUUAGCUGAAGAGGUCGUCAAGAAGUGUCGAGGCCUCGGUGUGGCAAAAGUCGUUGCUAUUCACUCUGACCUCCUCGAUCCUCAUGUUGGACCCCAGCUCGUCGACAGAGUCCUAAAGGAACUAGGGGCCAAGACGAUUGACAUUUUGGUCAAUAACGCCGUUCUCACCAAGGUGCCAAUGUUCGAGCCUUUCGAAAAAAUCACCGUCGAAAACUUUCGAGAUAUGAUGCAGGGAGAUCUGUUCGGACCCAUCAACAUCAUCGCUGCUGUGUUGCCACAUCUCCCUCCCAGAGGUGGUCGAGUCAUCAACAUCUCAAGUUGCGCAUCGAAGCAAGCGGUUGCGGACCCUAUGAUGUUGUAUGGAGCUGCAAAAGCCGGUCUAGAUAGCUUCACCAGAUCGCUGGCCGCUCAAUAUGGAAUCAAAACACUUGCAACCUUCAACAGCAUCAGCGUGGGGGCCACUGAAACCGACGCCCUCCAGAAGGCUAUCGAUAUAUACCGCUCCGUUGUUGAUGAUCCGCAAGAAAUGAUGAUCCAACAGUGUACUGCAGAGAAAAGAGUGGCAGAUCCAGAAGAUGUGGCUUUCGUGGUGGGGUUUCUUGCCACCGAGGAGGCUCGCUGGAUCAACGGUGCUCAAAUUCCUGCAAAUGGCGGCGUAAGGGAUUUGAUCGCUCUGCAAGGGUAG